AUGAUUUUCAUCACAUCAAUUAUCAAGGUCGCGACUCUUGCCGGACUUCUCGCUCCAACAGUCCUUGCUACUUUACCAGAAGCUUUGAUCGUCAAGCGUCAAGAUGAGGACAACGCCGUCGGUACCAAUUCCUACAACUGCCACGACAAUUGCGGUAUAUUUGCUUUCCCAUCAGGUGAGGCCAUCCUCGAAUCUGAAAUCGAUGGCUUCUGCAACACCACAAUCUUCUCCACUGACUACGCUGCCUGUCUCCAAUGCUCCGGCGAGGAUAACGAGGACAUCUGGCAAUACUAUGGUCCAUAUUUGACUGUUGCUGCUGUGGAGUGUGGAUCUUCCACUGUGCCAUUGACCGGAACUCAAGCCGACGUUGCCACCGCCAUGCUCGCCCAAAACGUCACUACAACCGCCAGCGGCGCUACUGCAACUGUUUCCAGCAACUUUGCAACAACAACUGCCGCAGCUUUUAGCUCUGAGUCGACUACUAGCUCCGGAUCAGCUUCCAGCAGCACUGACACUGGAUCUUCUGCUUCGGCUACCUCUACCAGUGGUGCAAUCCAGCAAAUCAAUUCAGCCAGCGGUUUCCUCAUCGGUGGUGUCAGCAUCCUCGUUGCCGCUGCUGUCGCCAACUUGGCUUAA